CGAUUCCUUCUCUUGCAAAGUAGAUCCCAUACUGUGCAGUGUUCUCUGUCGGAGCUAAGGUCAAUUUUUGGCGACUUGCACGGUUUUCCGUUCAGAAAUGGCUCUCAACAAAGCUGAAUUAGCCUGUGUGUACUCGGCACUUAUCCUCGUUGAUGACGAUGUUGCCGUAACCGAUGAAAAAAUCUCGACCAUUCUUAAAGCCGCGAACGUGGACAUCGAGCCAUACUGGCCAGGACUGUUUGCUAAGGCGCUGGAAGGUAUUAACGUCAAGGACCUGAUUACCAACAUCGGUUCCGGCGUUGGUUCUGGUGGUGGUGGUGCUCCAGCGGCUGGUGCUGCAGCUGCCGCUGCUCCGGCUGCUGCUGAAAAGAAGGAAGAGAAGAAGGAGGAAGAACCCGAGGAGUCCGACGACGACAUGGGAUUCGGUCUUUUCGGUUAGAUUCUUACUCCAUCAUCGGGUUCCUGCUGCAUCGGGAAGAACAGGAAUGUUACCCUGUUAUUAUUCCCGGUUGCAGCUCCAUGCGUACAGUUUUAAUGUACAAAUUUGUGUGAAUAAACUUUAAGUUUACACUGGA